CGGAAAGAGGGGGCGGGAGAAGAGAGAGAGAGAAGAGGGGGAGGCAGAGAAGGAGGGGAGAGAGGAGGCUCUCUGCUGCUGAGCGGCUGCAAAAGACCGGAGUGCGGAGGGCAGAGAGUGAUGGAGCUGGGCAGCGCUUCACCAUCGGGGUGAGAGGAGUCGGGAACUGAGGGAGACAGUCGCUGGCAGAAAUCUGAAAUUUAGAGGCGAAAGCGGCUCCAGACGCCAGCCCCGGCUGCAGCUGGUUUCGAGAAUGCGUUAGGGAGGCUACAGACAUUUCCUCUCUCUCUCUCUCUCACACACACACAUUGUUGGUGCGGAAGAGACUUGAGAACAAAGAGACAGCCGAAAACAGAAUCUUAUCCCGGAAAAUAAAAAGGGGAGGAGAGAGAGAGAGAGAGAGAGCUCGGCGGGGCAGCUCCGGAUGGGAGCCGGACUGAGGGAGAUUUGAAAAGCGGAGGGCGCUGGCCCGCCUUUACCUUGGCCACGACACGAUGUGAGAGCCCACCCGCUUUCGGUCAGCCGGCAGGUUGGUGCAAAGAUGCGAGGAACCAGCCUGAGCAUCUGAUGGGAAUUAGUUUCCAUUUUCCACAGCGAGCGGAAGCCGAGGAAAGAUGAAAGUGUUCCGCAGGAAGGCGGCUCUGCUGGUCCUGGGCUACAUCCUACUCCUGGUGCUGACUAUGUUACACUUUACCGAUUAUAAAGGGACCAAGGAGUGCACCCAGGUGAAGUAUGUACCGUACCCCCUCCGUUACACGGUGGAACACCAGCGGCCCUCACCCCCCCAGAACAGCUCCAACAGGCGCCAACAUGUCUAUGUCUUCACAACAUGGCGAUCAGGCUCUUCCUUCGUGGGGGAACUCUUCAACCAGAACCCCGAUGUCUUCUUCCUCUACGAGCCCAUGUGGCACAUCUGGCAGAAGCUGUACCCGGGGGAUGCCCUCACUCUGCAAGGAGCGGCCCGUGACAUGCUGGGCUUUCUCUACCGCUGCGACCUCUCCAUCUUCCAGCUCUACAACGGGGGCAACAACCUCACCAGCAUGGGCAUCUUUGGGGCACCCCGCAACAAGGUGGUCUGCUCCUACCCGCUCUGCAAGGCGUACCGGAAGGACAAGGUGGGCCUCAUCGACGAGCACGUGUGCAAGAACGAGUGCCCGCCUCAGCACCUGGACUCACUGGAAGCCGAGUGCCACAAGUACAGCACCAUCGUCAUCAAGGGCGUUCGCAUUUUUGACUUGAAUGUCUUGGCCCCUCUGAUGAAAGACCCCUUCAUCGACCUCAAGGUGAUCCACCUGGUCAGGGAUCCCAGGGCUGUGGCCAGCUCCCGGAUCAAGUCAAGGAACGGCUUGAUCCGGGAAAGCCUGCAGGUGAUGCGCAGUAAGGAUCCCAAGGGGCGACGGUUGAAGGUGUACGAUGGGUACCAGAGGACCAGGCGGGAUGCAGUGGAUUACCACGCUCUCAAUGCCCUGGAGGUGAUCUGCACCAGCAUGGUCCGGACUGUCCAGAUGGUGAGGGAACCACCAGACUGGCUGAAGGACAAUUACAGGGUAGUGCGUUAUGAAGACCUGGUGGAAGACCCCAUCAGGUACCUCAAGGACAUGUAUCAUUUUGUUAGCCUGUCAGUCAGUGAGGACAUUGAGAGGUUCAUGCUCAACAUGACCAUGGGGUCCAGUUACUCCUCCAAAAAGCCCUUCAGUGUUUCUUCCCGAAACGCCACCCAGGCUGCCAAUGCGUGGCGGACCCAGAUGACUUACUCCCAAAUCAAACAAGUGGAGGAAUACUGCCAACAGGCCAUGGAUUGGCUGGGCUAUGAGAAAGUCCAAACACCAGAGGAAGUCAAGGAUUUCAGCAAGUCAUUUGUAACCAAAAUCCGGCUUUGAACAAAAAUGCAGAAGGACUCCAGAAAUUCAUUCCAUCAAAAUCCGCAUCCAAGAGAAGCCCAGGAGCAGAUCCCAACCUGUUUACUUUCUGAAUACCCUCGGAUUCAGGUCUGGGGAAAAAAACAACAGACAAGUGCUUGAGAGGAUUUUUGUAUUGUGCGGAGUGCUUGGGUACACUCGGAGCUGCACCCACAUACCUCACAGUCACACAGACACCUUGCACAGUGACAUUCUCACACUGACAUGUCUCUCAUGCACUGGUACACAUUACGCUCUCAUACAAAAGCUGCCAUUAACAAACAUCCACACAUUCACACAGGCACACAAAAACAGACAUACCUACUCACACACAUUCAUACCAACAUGCACGAUAACACAGACACAACCUUCCUCCCAUUCACUUAAACAUUCAUUUACAAACAACUUCUCACUAACUCAGUUGCACACAUAACUGAUAACACUGAAAAGCUGGUGGUGCAUGAGUCACUUAAUAAUUUGAAGGGGUCUUUUCCUCACCAAAUGUUGACAAAGGUGCAACGUGUUGAGUUGGCCAUUGGAAAUACUUGAUCAUUUGGAUUUAAAGUUGUUAUUGUACAUUGGCCUUUGAACAUAUAUAUAUUGUUCUUUUUAGUUGUCUGGUUGAAUGAGUAAAUUGAUAAUUUAUCAUUUAAAGAAGUAUUCUAUUAUAUUGAUGGCAUGCGGCAGUAGAAUUGUGAAUACAGUACUUUGCUGCCAAAGAACACCUCACCUCUGAAUCCUUUCUAUCUGUUUGUGCUUGAUUGUUCAUUCCAGAUAAGCUGGUUCAUAUUCCCUUCCCCAAGAUUGUGUGGAACAAACAAGAGUAGUCUGUGCAAAAUAGACCUUUUUGACCCGCAUUUUCAUUAUUAAUGUUAUGUCAUAGCUGAGAGUGAGUGCAGACUCGUACAAGAAUCUACAAAAAAAGACAUGAAAUGAAAGAAAGCUAACUGAAACCUUGCCAAGAUCAAAACUGACAUAGCACAUGAUUUGUUGCAAGACGCCAUGUUUAAUGCAUUAUUGUAUAUUAUCUGGAGUCUCUGUGAGGCUACUGACAAAAUGUUACAAUGUACAGUAUUUAUGAGGAAAGGAAAUACAUUGAGCAGCAACAUACCCAGAGACUAACUUUCUGCUUUAAUUAAAGGCUAAGCCGAAACAAUGCAAAACCAUCUCCUUGAAGGAGUCUUGUAAUUAUCUCACUGAUGCCAAUGCUAUAGUAUGCAGUUCUCCAGCGCAUGAACUCUGGAAGUCAUUUCCGUAGUUUUAUUUUUAAGAUGCCAUCAAGUCAGUCUCAGCUAUUUACAAACAACUUUCAAGGCCAGCAGCAGAUUAUUAAAAUGGGAUAAACAUACUGUAGAAUGAGUGAUGCUUUUGUACUGGUGACAAUGCUGGCAGUACACCACAAAGCAGAUUUGAAGAGGUCCCUUUAUUGUGAAGUUGAGGUCCUGGGAGAGACUGUUAAGGUAGAGAUAUGACUUUCAGCUUCAGCUUUCUUUUCUCAGGAGUUACCCAUUAGUUAACACUUCUCUAAACUAAGGCCUGUUUUAAUGUAGUCUCACGGUUUAUGCACAGGCAAAUGGCGAUGGGUUAAUACCGGUAAUGUCCGGAGAUUAUAGCAGCAGAAAAAAUAACUUAAAAGAAAUUUUAAAUCCAAGUAAUCGAUUUGGAGUGACGGGGUAUAAAUUUCAGAGCCUGGGAAUCAACAUGGAGCCGAUCUGCCUUGCUUUAUAAAAGAAUUAUGACAACAAAUUGAACCAAUUCUGUGCAUUCAGAUGGUUGGACUAAGAGGUGCCAAAUAUGUUUUUAAAAAUGGUUCAUCUGAAGUCAUUGGAACUCUGGAUAUUGCCUCCUGCUGUUGGCAGGAGAACUGUGUACCUACUGUUGAUGACAUGUCCUCAAGGUAGAAAUGACUUCAUAAUGCUUUGGCUUCAGAACAGAAGCUAUAUGGUAUGAAAAUUGCCUCAUCCCUCAGAUUAAAGUUGAAGUUGUGUUGAGCAGCUAUCAGACAGUCUCAGUAGUCAGGCAGUUGAUGUCUCCCUCUCUCCUUAGCUGCUUUUAUUGCAAGUGGAAGCUCCAAAUAUUGCAGCAAGGGCUGGCACUUUGGACAGCUGAAUGAUCUUUCAUGCUGAACUGUAGAACUGAUUCAGCACAGAAAGGGACCGUCCUGUUAAACCUGGCCCCUGUAGUAAUUGAUCUUUCUGCAAUAGGUUAGUAGAAACAGGUUUCCCCCGAAAAACGAGGAAAUACAAAAGAAACAAAAAAUUGCACUGUUAGCUGACUCCUGUUAUUGAAUGAGCUAUUGUGACUGCAUUUCUGUGCAUCAUACCUCCCAGACUGGGCUAUUCACCACUGCAGUGUGUGGUCCUACUCUGAGUCAAUCAGAUGGUCCAAACUGAAUUAUGAGGGAAAGAAAAAUAAACACAGAAUGCUGAAGAACCUCAGCAGGUCUGGCAGCAUCUGUGGAGAGAGAAAUGGAGUUAACAUUUCAAGUAUGGUAUGACCUCUUCCAAACACAACUUGAAACAUUUCUCUCUCCACCGAAGCUGCCGAGGUUCUGCAGCAAUCUUUGUUGCUUUUUUGUUACAGAUCUCCAGCAUCUGCAGUAAUUUACUUUUCUUAGAGGAGGCACCCUGAAGUGAUGUAAUUUCUUUAACUAACAGUUAACGAUUUAUUGAAAAUCAGUAAAAGCAAGUUGACUGCUGCACCACCAUUUUAUUUUCAUUGAUGGCAGCAGCUGAGACAUUACUUGCUUUUCAUCAAUUAGAAAUAAAAUGAUCAGAGAUAAGCAAGCACUGAACAUUGCUUUGCUGUUCACGUGGAUCUCUACCAGCUCUUGUUCCACUGAAAUGCAUAACUUUAGCUUCUUAUGUAAAACACCCAGGAUGAAACCACUGUAAGAAGACCUAUAUUAAGAAUAUGGAAUAACACUGUCCAGAAGGUGCUAAACAAUACGGUCGUUUACAUUGUUAUUUGACUUGUCACUUGGGAAUUUUCCUGGGAAGAUUAAUCAGUAGCUUCCAUCUAAGGUUCAUUGUUGAGGAAGUUUGCAAUGUAGAUUAAUGGAGUGUAGACCUGUGCCUGAAAUAGCCCACACACAAAGAACUGCUAUCUUCAAUUCUAUCACGAUGGGAAGUUGUAAAAUGAAGGUGAGCUCGCAUUCCCCAAAGAAGGGGAAAUCCAUGGGACCAAUGUUUUGUUUUAAUAGGACCCUCUCCCACUUUUUGCACUUAAAUUCCCGUUCACCUUUUGAGACACAGGAGCUUUUAACUUUAGGGCAGAGCUAAAGAGACUGUCAGUGGGAGCUGACGGAACAGCACAUCAGCUGAGGGGCACAGGUGGCAGGCCGCAAAUGCCCCCCCAGCCCUUUUCACACUGCUUUGGAGUAUGCUGUUUUAUUGUGCAUGUAUACAAACUUGAGUUCAUGCCUCUUUUCAUUUUUGCUGGCAAAGGUUUUAUGUGGGAAAGCAAUACAUGUCAGUUUACAACAUUGAUUGUAUGCAGUGAUUUUGUGCAAUGUGAAUUGAUGAACAAGUGAUACUGGGAUUUAUUUUGCUGAUAUAAAGGAAAAGAAAAGUAACGUAAUAAUAGAUUACCUGUUCAAACAUGUAUUUAUUGCACCUCAUUUUGUAACAAUAUUAAAGGAAAUGUUGCAAACUAUCAGUUGUAGAAUUGUUUAACGAUAAAUUCCUCAAAAUUUGCAACACUUUUAAGCAGUUUUGUAUUGUAUCAUAACCCACAUAUUUCUGCCAAUGCAGAGUACCUUAUGUAACGCAGAUGGAAUUUGAUACACACCUGUCAAGUAUGUGACAGAUUAUAACAAAGUAAAUAAUUUGAGGUGACC